UAUGAUAUCAUUUGAUAUUGCUGUAAUAGGAGGAGGUGUAGUAGGAGGAAUGCUAACAAGAUCAUUAUCAGCAAGAUAUCCAAAUCAUAAAAUAGGACUCUUUGAAAAAGAAUCAGGUUUAGGAUUACAUACAUCAACAAGAAAUAGUGCUGUUUUACAUGCUGGAUUUUACUAUGCAUCUAAUACUGUUAAAGCAUCACUAUGUAAAGAAGGAAAUAAGACUUUAACUUAAUAUUGUUUAGAUCAUAAAGUAAAUAUUAGAAAGACAGGAAAAUUCUUAGUAGCAAGAAAUUCUGCUGAGAAUGAGAGAUUAGCUUAAAUUAAAAAACAAGGUGAUAUUAAUGGUGUAGAAUUAGAACUUAUGGAAGUUGAUAGAGCAUUAAAAAUAGAAAAGUAUCUAAAAGUUAAUGAUAAAAAUUUUUAAUUUUUAUAUUCACCAACAACAAGUGUUGCUGAUAAUAAAGGUUUAAUGAAAAGUAUUCAUGAAGAUCUAAAUUAAUGUAAAAAUGUUCAAGUAUUUACAAAUCAUAAAUAUACUGAUUUAAUUGAAAAUAAAGAUUAAUAAACAACGUUUAAUGUAUUGAAAAUGUCUAAUGAAAAAUAAUUGGUUUAAGCUAAAUAUUUUGUAAAUGCAGGUGGAUUAUAUGCAGAUGUAAUAGCUAAAUAAUUUAAUUUCUGUAAAAAAUAUGUUAUUUGGCCAUUUAAAGGGAGUUAUCUUAUAAAUAAUAGACCUAUACCAGAAGCAAAUGCUAUUAUAUAUCCUGUUCCACCUUUAGCUGGAAAUUAUUUUUUAGGAAUUCAUACAACAAUAACAACAGAUGGUCAUUUAAAAAUUGGGCCUUCUAUAUUUCCUGCAUUAUGGAGAGAAUAAUAUAAUUGGAAAGAUAAUUUUGUUUUUUCAGAGUUUUCUGAAAUCUUGAGUUUAAAUGUGAAAAAUGUUAUUUCCAAAGAUAUGAAAUUCUAUGCUUAAAGUCUUUUAAAUGAAUUAAAAAAGAUUAAUAAAAGUAUUAUCUAAUUGUAAAUUUUAGCAUAUAUGAUUAAAGAAGCCAAAAAACUCACAACAUAACUAGAUUAAAUUCCAGAAAAUUAAUUACAUGAAUAUUUUGACAGAGGAAAACCAGGUAUUAGAUCUUAAUUAUUUGAUACUGAAAAAAGAAAAAUGGAAUAAGAUUUCAUUUUUGAACAUGAUAAAAAUUCUUUUCAUUUAUUGAAUGUUGCAUCCCCUGGAUGGACAUGUUCAAUUCCAAUGUCAGAAUAUAUAUGUGAUAUUAUCUAAAAAAAUAAUUAUAUUUGA